AGGUUACCACGUUCCUGUGUGCUUUCGGUUGAUAUUGUUCGAGUACUGUCAGGACGUCUGGCGACGAGGAGCACGCGACAUGGACAUCGUGAGCGAGAUAAUAGACGAAUUCCAGAAAUCGUUAGCCAAACGGAUUUAUUAUUCAGCAAGGGAUGGAAUGGCGAUCGCUCUUUAUACAUUGCUCAACGAUAGAUCGAACGCCGAUAUCAAUCGCCUAAUUAACCAGAAAUUUUUAGAAGAUGAUGGGCAAAGGUGUACAGUUUUAAUUAUUGCCGCACGUUAUGGACAUGAUAAGGUAGUUAAAAUGCUGCUAGACAAAUUUAAGCCUGACUUAGAGCAAGAAGGGACUGUUAAGUUUGAUGGAUAUGUUAUUGAAGGAGCUAGUGCACUUUGGGCUGCAGCAGGAGCAGGACAUUUGAAUGUUGUUAAAACUCUUGUGAAAGCAGGAGCGAAUGUUAAUCAUCCGACGAAAACUAAUUCCACUCCACUUCGAGCUGCAUGCUUUGAUGGUCGUUUGGAUAUCGUUAAAUAUUUAACUGAUCAUCAAGCAGAUAUAAGUAUUUCUAACAAAUUUAAUAACACCUGCCUCAUGAUUGCAGCGUACAAGGGACAUCUUGAUGUUGUAAAUUUUCUACUGGACAAAGGAGCGGAUCCUAAUCAAAAAGCACUUUGUGGAGCAACAGCAUUACACUUUGCCGCCGAGUGUGGACAUACCAUGAUCGUUCGCGAAUUGUUGAGGUAUGGGACGAAAAUGACAAAGAAUGUAAGCGGUAUGACGCCUUUAAUAGCGGCUGCUGAGCGUACGCGCGCACAAGUAGUUGAAUGCUUAGUAAAGAGAGAAGAAGUAACAAAAGAGGAGAUAAUAGAUGCUUACGAGCUACUCGGAGCAUCUUACGCUAACGAUAAGGAUAGUUACUGCCUAAUUAAAGCGUACAAGUACCUGCAUAAGGCAAUGGAAUUAAGGUAUAGCGAUACUAAUAAUAUUGUAUAUAAGAAACUAGGUUUAACAGUGAAAGCGUACGAGAACUGGAAGGAAUGUGAAACGCUAGAACAAUUAGAAAAUAUCAAAAAUAAUGCUAAUGCCAUACACAUGGAGUCGCUUGCUAUUCGAGAGAGAAUAUUAGGCCUCCACAAUCCAGAACUGACACAUCCUAUAGUAUUCAGAGGUGCAAUAUUCGCGGAUAACGCCAGAUUUGAUAGAUGCAUAGACUUGUGGCUGCAUGCUUUAAAACUGAGGCAGCUUAAUAAUAUAACCGUUGUGACGGAUCUUCUUCGAUUCGCGCAAGUCUUCUCGCAGAUGAUACACGUAGGUGUCGAUCUGGAUAUUUCUCAAGUGAUAAAUGUACUGGAGGCAAGCAUUACGGAAUUGAGCAAGAAUAAAGCCAAGAUGCAAAAUCCAGACCUGAAGGAUGACGCUGAACAGUAUGUUGAAGAGUUGGAGUCAAAUACCACAACGACUUUGUAUAUCUUAACGAUUUUGACGAAACUCAUGACUCUGAACGGGAACAGAUGUAACGAAUCGGAUUUGACUAAAGCGCACCACUUGGUUCACAAGUUGUGCGCGCUACGGAUAUGUUUGAAAGAUGGACAGACUCUGUUACAUCUCGCUGUGAAUGCUGAAACUCCCGUCGACGAUUUUCACACUAACGAUGUUUGCAAAUUUCCGUGCGCGGCCACGGCAAAAUUAUUAAUUCGUUGCGGCGCCGAUGUGAACGCGAUGGACAACGAGAGAAACACGCCGCUCCACAUUAUUGUUGGCUACAGUAAAUCCAUUAGCGAUUUUUCGACUUUACACUCAAUUAUAAUGGAGCUCAUAGAAGCUGGAGCGCAUAUGGACACUGUAAAUAACAGAGGACACACACCGUACGAUGCAGUCACCACAGGCGUAGCUGAAAUAAUACUACGAUCACAGACCAAAUUGUCUCUAAUGUGUAUGGCGGCCAAAGCGGUGAAGGCUUACAAUUUGUCGUAUACCGGCAACGUGCCACGUUGCCUCGAAACCUUUAUAGAGCUGCACGGACCUGGAUUGAAUCAAGGUUGACGAGUGCUCUACAGUUAUUACUGUGAAGAAUCGAAAUUUUCUGUAAUAUUAUUGUACAAAGUACACUAAAAUCAUCGUAAAUAAUGUAAAGUAAAUUGUAUAUCGCGUAUGACACUCGGUCAGCAAUAUGUAUGUAAGGGAUACAUAAACUUGAAAUUCCGUAGAUGUCUUGCGAAAGAUGUUGACGUGCGAUUUAUAUACAUUGCUUAUUGUUUAUACAGUUUAAUAAUUAUAAUAAUUAUAGGAUUUGUGAACAAAAAAAUUGCCUUUUAUAAUACGCAGGAUCCCUCGAGAAAAGAUAAUUCUUUGGUCAGAAUUAUCUUGUCUUACGGGAGUAAUGCAAGGAGUCUGCGCUGAUAUUGAAACAGUUGUAUUCAUCAUCGUACUUUAUAGAUGAUAAAUAAUAUCGCUACGUAGUCACGGCGUUCGGGUUUAUGUUUUUAUGAAGUCUCAAAUAAGCGGAAUUUCGAGAGUCGAAUGGUGGCGAGCAAUGGAAUGUGUUGUAAUUAUGAGCGGCCAUUGUGUAUUCGGUUUACGUUGUCCUCAAAGUUAAAGUUUUUAUUAAUUUUAAUCUUGUAAUUCCUGUGAUAAAUAAAAUCAAACUAAAUGAA